GAUUUGUCCUCUAGUUGUUGUUGUAUUUCAUUUUAUCCAUAUAUUUGUGCAAUAAAAAAGUUUCAUAAAAAUCAUCUUUAAUCAUCUGUAAGAUACAUUGUCAGAAAUAGAGUAAUUUACUCUGAACUAUCUAUGUUUUUGCGAGCACACACAGUGCAACAAAGAACAAACGAUGCAAGUUUACGACGACUCUUAAACCGUUUAAGAGCUGAUCUUCAUUAUCAAACACUCAACUCACUCGUCAGGGUUAAAGGCAUCCAGCACACCAUCAUUCGCAUGCGUAAACCAUCCUACCCUAUCAGUAACAUUCAGUACCCUACCAGAGACCGGGGAGGGAAGACGUCCCGUCGACGUCAGAAUCCCACUUACGUUCGCGAAUUAUAUAUUUCACUGAAAAUAAUCUAAUAAGUUUUGAAAAUGUUAAAUGAGUGCUUGUUGUAAAAAGUGACAAAUAGAAUUGUGACGUUGUUUUUACUGUGUUUGUGAUCCUUGAUUCGGUAUUCAAAUGAAGAAAGUAAAGUAAACCAUAAAAAGUCAGUGUCUUAGAUAAACAGUCCGCCCAGCAUGAAUAAAUGAAACGAUGAAGUUAUUCUUCAGAUAUAUGACAAAUGGGUAUUGACCUCGAUGGGCUAAUAGGCUUUAUUAUAAAAAGUGCAAGUGACGUAUAAAAUGCCUGUGCAAAAACACAAAAACUAAAGCUUAUAGACGGCUGGCAAUGGCGUGUGACAGUGCAACCUAGCGUGAUGGUGCUAAAGUCAGUAUGACAACGUGGAUGGCGCUGUUCGGGCUAGUAUGGCUGCUACGCGUGCGGGGUUCGCUGUGCGGCUGCGCGGCGUGCAAGCGCGCGCGGCACGAGCACGACACGCAGCCCGGCCCGCGCACGCCCAGUCCCGACGAACGCGCGCCCUUUGACGUCAUCACCCUGCAGCAUUACACGCGCGACGUCACCGUGCAGACCGACUUCGAUGACGAAGACGAUUUAGAUAAGAUCGAGCUUCAGAUCACGGAAGAAUCAAACGUUGGCAACUUCGAAGGCGGGCGGGAGCAGCCAGCGCAAAGCCCGGAAAGCGCCCGUCGCGGGCCAGGAAGCUACCAGCCAUCUGAUUCCGAUAACGAAUCCGUUUGGGAGACUUCGGACGUGACAUUGGAGCGAGGCGCCGGCGGGCUCGGGCUGAGCAUCGCGGGCGGGGAGACCGGUGGGGACGUCAGCAUCACACGGAUAGCCGAGCACGGCGCAGCCAGGAAGGAUGGCCGGUUGCAAAUUGGAGAUGUGUUAUUACAGGUUAAUGAUGUUUCGGUGGAGAAUGCCCCUCAUUCUGUAGCCGUUGAUGCUCUACAGAAGGCUGGAAAUGUUGUAAGAUUACGAGUUCGUCGAGCCCGGCGCCCGCGAGUGGUUACACUGUGGCGAGGGGCGCGGGGCCUGGGUCUCGGCAUCGCUGGCGGAGCGGACGACGCGGCGGGCGGCGGGGGCGUUUUUGUGUCGCACAUCGCGGUCGGCGGCGCGGCGCACCACGACGGCAGACUGAGGCUAGGUGAUAAGAUAUUGGCUGUUAGGGAUGAAGAUGGUAUAGAAACGUCACUAAUAGGAGCGACCCAUGCGCAAGCCGUAACAGCCCUGCGAAGCACAGGAGAACAGGUGACUCUGGUCGUGCUGCCCGCUGGCUCCUUUCCGCCCGUUGCCAGAACAGCUCCGCUUUAUUCUACUAAAACUCAAGCCACGUCGUGUUCUACGCUUCAUGAACUUUUGGAAGAGGAGCCGAGUGAAAUCCCGAGAUGCGUCCGAAUGGUCCGACUAGUCCGUUCCGGGUCCCGACUCGGUAUGGACAUAGUUGGCGGCCUAGGCGGGGAAGCGGACACGGCGAGCGGUGUAGAAGAUGAUGCUUGCGGGGUUUUCGUUUCCGGAGUUUCGGUGGGCGGGGCAGCGUACGGCAUGCUCCAUCGAGGCGAUAGGAUACUGAGUGUUGACGGACGGGACUUGACGCGGGCCACGCAUGAACAGGCUGCGGCGGCAUUGAAGCAGUACUCUGGUGCAGCGGUGUCGAUAGCAGCGCAGUACCAACCGGAGCAGUACGAGCGGCUGCGCGCGCGCAUACGCGCGAUCAACGCUGCCGCCGCCGCGUCGCCGCACUCACACCGCCACGCUACCCACGUGCCCGUGCAUCCUGAUCUACACGCUGUAUACCCAAGGUAGCUGGUGACGUAAAUGGCUGUGAAAUCGACCAUUCGAAAGUGGAAAUCGAGGGACGUUAAAGGUAUUCAGGUAUUUUCCAAACAAUUUAUUUAUAUUUACCAAUAUAGAAAUUCGGUCUUGUAAAUAUUGUUAUGUUACCUAUAUAUGUCGCAAACGGGGAAAAAAGGACCUUAGCUACCUGUUGUCUUAUGUGAUGUCUCGAUUUGUCUCACGUCUGAUAUAUGCCAAUUCUCUGACAUGUGUAUUUGAGACCUACGCAAUGCGACAGUGACAGCUAUCUAUUCAUAAUACGGUCACUAUUUUAGUCAGCCACGUUACCACGUUUUGGUUCCGCUUCAAUGUUAUAUCAAUUAUUCAAAUAUCGUUAAUAAUACGCCUGAAGUUUGCUAAUAUUAGAUCCCUUUUUCCACGUGACCAGAUAAUUUAUAUUAAGAUAUCUGAGUUCAUUAAUUAUUUGUUUAAUAAAAUACCGUUAACCGGGGUGAAUAGGGACAGCUGGGGUAAAUAGGGACAAAUCUUAAAAUUAGAUUUACCUCACAAUUUCUUAAUAUUUACCCACGCAAAUUGUAUCAUACGAUUGAAAACAAUAUUAGAUCUCAUUUUAAAUUUUGUCCCUAUUCACCCCAGCCGUCUUUAUUCACACCGGUUGACGGUAUGCAUUGUAUCUGCAUAUUAAAACAAUUUCACUAUAAGGUAUGUUAAAAAGUAUAAAUAAUAUUUUUAAGACAAAAAAUGAUAUGUGUACAGAUUUUAUAUAUCAUUAAAAAUGUUUUAUACAGUCAUUCAAUGAAAUUGUAUAAUAACUAGUAUCAUAUAAGUAAAUGUAUUACGGAUAUUUUAUAAGAAAAUUUAGGUAGGGUCUAUUAAUAUCAUUAUCAAGUCAAGCUGUGCACAAGACUUGCGAAAAACUUUCACUGAUAUUAUUAUUAACAUUUAUUUAUAUUGCGCUUAGCCACCAAUAAUAAUACUCUCUGACGUCUAAAACGUCUCGAAUUUAAACUGUGUGACGUAAAUAAAAUGUGUGACAUAAAUAAAAUACUAAAAUGUAUUUCUAGUGUUUUAAUAAUUUCUGGGUUACCUACCUACCUACCUAAAAGAAAAUUUGUCACAAAAAUAGUUUUGGAAAAAACAUGAGGAUUUGCAGUUAGAUAUAUCACUUAGGUCACAAUGUAUUAAGGUAUUGACCUACUUCUUACUACUAAUGGGAAUGGCAACUGUGAAAGAUUUGCAUAGACUGAUGGCGCCAUCAUCACACGUAUCUCUAGUUUUUUUUUUCUAUGAAAUUUGGCUUAAAGAGCUGGAUAUACAAUAAAAAAAAAUACACAAUAUGUUGGCGCCAUCUGUAAAAAAUUUCGACCGGCCGUACCCAUUGAAUUAAAUUGAUCAAUUUUACAGUAUUAUUCAUUUUCAGUCAGUCAAAUUGUAAGAAUAUAUUAUUUUUGGAUGAUAUCUUUCUAUCGAAUAUAUUUUUCACGAGGAUUUUUGGUUGAUUAAUGGGUAGCUGGGGAUGGAAAACUCAAGUAAUGCUCUCCACGUGGACCACUAAUAUGAUUUUAUUAUUCCGUCAACAUUUUUUUUCACGGACUGAGAGCAAUUCUUUGAUUUAUCACCCUUCAAAUUGUUGUUGUUGAAAAAACAAAUGAUACCCUACAAUUGUAAUUAGGAACGUGGAGAAUUUGGUAACUUGUAAAUUAAUUGUCUGUGUUGUAAAGCGUAGAUAAGUGAACUACAAUACUUUGUAAGUAAUUUUGUAAAUAAAAUAAAAUUUUAAAAAUGAUUAUAAAGUAAUUUUGAAACUGUGAUAUUAAAUUUAAUGUAGUACCUAUGUUAUGGUAAAAACUGAAGUUGAAUACAUGACACUGAUAAUGUAAA